UCCCUGUGUUCCUAGAUGAAGCUGGCACUUCUUGCUGUGUUUGCCCUGGUGUCUGUGGCUCGCGGUGAGGAUGGCGCCAGGCUCCUGGCGUCCAAAUCCCUGUUAAACAGAUACGCAGUGGAGGGCAAGGACCUGACUUUGCAGUACAACAUCUACAACGUUGGCUCCAGCGCUGCCCUAGAUGUGGAGCUGUCGGAUGAUUCCUUCCCCCCAGAAGAUUUUGGCAUCGUCUCUGGCAUGCUCAAUGUCAAGUGGGACAGGAUUGCUCCAGCGAGCAACGUGUCCCACACCGUGGUUCUACGGCCUCUCAAAGCUGGGUACUUCAACUUCACCUCUGCCACCAUCACGUACCUGGCACAGGAGGGUGCACAGGUUGUGGUUGGCUUCACCAGUGCUCCUGGGCAGGGUGGGAUCCUGGCUCAGCGUGACUUCGACAGGAGGUUCUCCCCUCACUUUCUGGACUGGGCAGCAUUUGGCGUGAUGACCCUGCCGUCCAUUGGGAUCCCCCUGCUGCUCUGGUACUCGAGCAAGAGGAAGUACGACACCCCCAAGACCAAAAAGAACUGAGCAGAGUCAAAUGCCACCAGCACUGCAGAGCUCAGCAAAGGACAGCCCUGAACGGCCAGGAACAGCGGCUGGGUUGGGAUGGCAC